UGCUCCCUAAUCUUUCUUUUAUUUUUAGAAAAUAUAAUAUUAAACUUCAUUGAAAUAAAGUUUUCUAACUCUAAAUGGGAAAUAAAUCUACUAAGAGUGAUGUCAAAGAAGUUAAACUUCUGUCUAACAUAGAUUUGAUUUCAGCUGCCCAGGCUGAAUAUGAUUUUCUUCGACUUGUUGACAAGCAUCCAGCGUUAUAUAGCACCACUGUUUUAAAGAAUGCUAUGCAUCGUUACGAAACCUACUGGUUGCCAUUAAUAGCAGAGCAUGAUGACUUCCUUCCUGCUCCCUUGGACAUUGAAUGGAUUUGGCAUUGUCAUAUUUUAAAUCCAAGAGUUUACGUCAAGGAUUGUGAAAAGAUUGUUAACAAAGUUAUUGAUCAUCGUCCUAUGAUGCUUAUUAAAGAAAAGUUGCAAAAGUCUAAAGAAUUAUGGCAUAAAAAAUAUCCUGAAGUAACAUUUGAUGCUAUUAUAAGCACUAACUCUCCUCCACUGCUGUAUAGUGAACCUUUACAACAAAAGAGCACGUAUGAUGUUGUUAAAGCAGCUCAACGACAGAGAGUGUUUAAUUAUAAUUCUUCAUUCCCUCAUUUCAGAGAUGCUACCUUUUUAAGGAAUGCUGUGUCGAGAUACUUAACUAUGCUUGAAAUAAUGAGAGACAAUCCAAAAAAUUUUGUGGUACCUUGUUAUGAUAAUGAUCUAAUAUGGCAUACACACCAACUGUUUGUUACAUAUUACCAAUCAGAUACUGUAUCAAUAUUAGGGAGAGUUCUUGGUCAUGACGACUCGACGAGUGACCGAACACCUGGCUCACAGUUAGAGAGUGGCACAAGUGCUACUAAAAAACUAUGGAAAAAUAUAGGUAAAAGUUUUGGAGUGCCUGGUGGAAUGUACCGAGGAGAACCUCCUGUUCCUGACAUUCAAAACUCAAAUGAUGUUUUUGGUAUUGCUAGUAAGACUUUAAAUAUCCACCUGAAGUCUAUAAAACUUCAUGAUGUCACCAACGCAGAAGGGAAUUUUUAUCUCAAAAUUGUCAAAAUAGCAUUACCUGAAACAUCGGCUAAAGACGUGGAAAUAUUUGAGAAUCUUGACUUUAAAAAAGAUGAUGACAAUGCAUUAGUUUGCCAGUGCCUUGGUGAAUUUUUACUUGAAACUGAAAAACACAAAGGCAUCAAAAUUACUUUCCUCGACGAAACAAACGAGUAUAGCACGAUUCUUACAGUAUUUGAUUUAUGUUCAAAUAACGAAAAAAAUCAAAUAUUAGACUUUCAAUUCAAAGAGGAAUCGAAAGAGCUUGCUAAAAAUGGUAGUCUUUGUUUUAAGCACACCAUCAUAGAAGAUAAUAAUCACACUUUUUUAAUUAAAGAAGUAUCACGUGUUGUAAACAAGGCUGAUCACGUAAAAAACGUUGUAAGUUGUAUUUCGGUUGUUUCAGGAAAUACUGUGCACCAAGAGUCUGUCCCUUGUCAGUAUCUUGAAAAUGUUUUCCACACAGACAAAGCGGAGAAUGUUUUUACUUUGAGAGUUAUACAUUGUCAAGAACCAUCUAUAUCUGUGGUGGAGAUUUUGGAUAAAAGGGGUGUGGCUGUUGCUACCUCGCAUACUAUUGGUAGUUUUCAAUUACCAACUCCAUCUCAAGUUGCGGAUGACGAGAAAUGUUUUGUCCACACUAAAGCUUUUGAACGUGCUAUGCUGAUUAGAGGAAGAAAAGGCGAUUGGGCAAUUUUGAAAUCCAGUUGGGUUGGGUAUCGUGAGGGCCAGGACAAUGCAAAAACUGUCCCCGGAAAUUUAAAAUUAUCCCUAUUUGUUUUGGACGGUAAGGAUUCUGCAUGGCAUCCUAUUAGUACUUCUAAAAACUUGAUAGGCUUCGAAUGGUCAAUCGAAGGCUCUGCUGGUUGUGUUGAUUUAGAAUCUGGAACGAUAAACUUAUCUGAAUGUUCGAAAAAUAUUGCAGAAUAUGCAUGUUUAGCUUGUUCAAUAGCAGUGUCCUUUCUACUUUGUCAACCCAGACGACCACCAACUGAAGUAAACAACGUUGUGAUGCCUUAUGCUAACGUUGCUGAUGUUGAACCAAGCUUUGAUAUAGACACGAUGAAGCUUUUAGUAAGAGUUGGUUUGUAUUCUACCACGCUACCACGUUGGUAUCAUACCACAUGUAAGGGUGAUUCCAUGUAUCAGUUUCCUCCAGAAUGCAUAAAAAAUUGUCAGUCUGUUUUUUGGGGCGACUUUGGCUAUAUCUAUCGAAAAAUGGAUAGCUGAGGUGAUGUAAAGUUGUGUGCACCGUAUGCUUUGAAUAAGACCUGGGAAGUUUAUUAAAAUUGAUAUUUUUAUUCUUCUCUUUCCUCUCACCAAUGGAAUACACACUAUUCAUAUAAUAUCUACAUCAUCAUCAAUGUCAUCGUCAGUUAAGUUGUCACUGUCUUUCAAUAUAAAUAUUUUUCUAAAACUUAGAAUCCAGGAGCUUCUAAUAGAGGAUAAAAAGGUGCUUUUAUUUGACACAUACUGUUACAUGAAAAUGUUUUUAAAAUUUUUGUGUAGUGCACCUGUUGCUUGAAAAGUUGUAUGUCCCAGUUUUAAAUUAGUUAUAGAUCAGUUACAAUUAGUACUCAAAAAAAAAUUUCCAGAAAAGAAAUAUUAGAUUAAACAAAAUGCUUAACAACGUAAGAAAUAUUGUAGGCUCGAAUGUAUUUUUUAAGAAACAUUAGCCUAACUUGCAAAACCAGUUUCUUGAAAGUAAAGUGUAUACUAAUGAAGCGAGUACUCGAAGCCUUUAAUAAAGAAUACGUCAAACUAUUGUUAGGUGUCUUGUUAGAAAAAUUUACUGAUCAUCGAGUCAAGCCAAUAUCCUUGCUGCUGUAAUAUUUAUUGCGUGUGUCUCUUUGUUGAAAACGAGCCUCUACUGUUAUAAAUGUAAUUUUUAGAAUUUUUAUUGAAUAUGAAUUUAUGGUACUAUUUAAACAUUUUAUAAAAUCUGUAAAUAAAUUUUUAUUUGUAGUUUAUUAAUUUUUUUUAUUUUUAUUUAUUAUUAUUGCUAAGGCACGAAUUUUUUAUAUAUCUACAGAAAUAAUACCAAUUCUUUAUUCCUUAUAUUAAUACUUUGUGGUCAGCAAAAAGCAUCAACUUAAUAUCCAUCGACCGAAAGUUAGAAAAGAAAACAAAGAAACUUAGACUAUAAGCGGCAAGAACAAGGGAAACAAGAGGUCCAAAGAAAACGAGCAAUUUGUGUUAUUUUUAAACGUUUAAUUGUUUGUUCCCAUUGGGUAUGGCGUGUUUUAUUUAUAUUUGAACGUUGAAUAUUUUAAAGCAAUUAGUGUGGAAUUGCGAGUUUUCAAUUUUGUAUUUCAACUCUUUAAUCUUUGUCUGUGAUAAUCUAAUCAAAAAUCUAGCAGUAGCACCAGAAUUGAAAAAUGGUUGUAGUUGUACAGUGCAGAAUGCAAUAAGUUAUGAUAUGCUGGAUGGCAUAAUUACUGUGAAAAAUUUUUGUUUUACUAUUUGGGAAAUUGUCACGAAGCAAAUUGUGAAUUUUAACUGGAAAGAAAAACAUGUGGCGAAUUGAAAAUACUGAAUGUGAUGACUCUUUUGGGUAUUAUAAACGAGGCAGUUAUUUUGAAUUCUUUCAAGUAAUAAGUUUUUCUGAGAAUAAACACUGAGGAUUGCGUUCUGAUUGGUUAAAAGUU